AUGUUUGCAGCGAAGCCGUGUAAAUUCUUCCACGGGAAUGGGACGUGUGUGAAAGGUAACAAGUGCAACUUUAUCCACGACCAGAAUCAAGCUCGUCAUCCGUCUCAGUCGCCCGACGUGAGUAGUUCGUCCAUGAGCCGCCGCCGCCGUGCUGCAAAGCGGGCGCAGGCGAAGGCCGAGGAGGCCGAGAAACGAAGCAACUACUACCCUAUAACGUGGCGCGUGAUCGGCGGCGGCGUCAUGAUGGGCGGCCAACGUGAAGUCUGCCAGGCAUCCUUGUCUGGCGAGUGUUCCGUAGGCCCUGACUGCAAGUUCUCGCAUCCUCUUCAAGAAGACAAAGAGCUGCACGGAUUGCCCGACGCGUUUUCGCCGUCGCAUUACGACUCCACCAAACAUUUCUCGCGUAUCUCGCCUGUCUGUCUGGGCCACCCUGUCAUGCACUGCCAGGCGCCCACACCUCUGCCAAGGGAAAUGAAGGUAUCGGCCUCUGGCUCUACCAUCAUAGAGGUUCAGAAUAUACCGGGCGCUGAAUCGGCCGUUUUGGACGGGUCCACACUUCUUCCGCGACGGGACGUUGUGGAAGAUGACACAAAUGCUCCCACAGCCGAUGCUCCGUCGACGGAGUAUGCUCUCCCUUCCGCGAGAACCAUCGUACGGCCUGUGUCAACCCCACCUGCGAUGAAGGUGUCCACAGUUUCGAUCGUAGGACUGUUUCAGGCGGAAACAUCAUGGUAA